UCUGAUGAUUGACCUAGACUCACGCGGUUGCGGCCAGCGCAUGGGGAGAUUUGUCCUGCCACCAGGCGAUCCUUGCACCUGUACAGGGGUCAGACUGGGCGGUCAUUACCACCGCUACGCGCCUGAGAUGCAGGGACAGGAUCCACCGUUGUAUAUGGACAUGCUGCCGGAGGUGACUGCUGAGGUCAUCGGCCGUUGGUUCAACUGCACUGAGAGCAAACCGGUAGAGUCGACGCUUGGAGUCACUGAGACUGCCCCAGAGUUGACUUCUAAAGUUGCCCCGGGGUCGACACCUGUCGCAUCGACUCCUACCGAUACGACACAAGUUAUCAGCAUCACCCCUGAGCCGUCGAUGCCGCCUGCAGAUUGUCAAGUGAUCUUAGAUGCCGGUCAGAGCGCUAGCGGUGUGUAUACCAUCCGGCACGCAGGCCAGAAUAUGCAGGUCUACUGCCGCAUGGAGUUGGGGAAAGGAUACAUAGUGUUUCAGAGACGCCUGGACGGCUCGGUGAGCUUCGACCGAACCUGGCAGGAGUACGCCGAGGGAUUCGGGAAUCUGACCGGAGAGUUUUGGCUGGGCAACCAGAAGCUGCGUAGUCUGACUCGUAACUGGGGUCGGGAUAUGGUCAUCAACCUGAGGGCGUUCGAUGGGGAAGAAGCCCGUAUUCGUUAUGAGGACUUCAACGUGGACUCAUCUGAGAACAAAUACAAGCUUUUUGUUCGUUGGUUCAGUGAGGACGGUGGAGAUGCAGGUGAUUCACUCUGGACUCAUAGUAACGAAGACUUCUCAACUCUAGACAAAGACCAUGACGACACCGUUGGGGAAAACUGCGCUGAGAAAUUUCACGGAGGCUGGUGGUACAAACGCUGCGGUAGCGACAUCAGCCACCGCUUCGUGAGCAACCUGAACGGCUUGUACUACAACAACGCAACAGUCGAUGAUUACAUGGGGAUACAGUGGGUCACCUGGAAGGGUAAAGCAGUCUCUCUUAAAGGGUGUGAAAUGAUGACACGACCCAAAUGUAAUUGGUCCAUAACGGAGCUGCCUGCAGAUUGUCAAGAGAUCUUGGAUGCUGGUCAGACAACCAGCGGUGUGUAUACCAUCCUGGACCACUACGCAUGCCAGAUUAUGCAGGUCUUCUGCAGCAUGGAGCCGGAGUCGGGGAAAGGAUACAUAGUGUUUCAGAGACGCCUGGACGGCUCGGUGAGCUUCAACCGAACCUGGCAGGGGUACGCCGAGGGAUUCGGAGAUCUGACCGGAGAGUUUUGGUUGGGCAACCAGAAGCUGCAUAGUCUGACUCGUAACGGGAAGUGGGAGCUGGUUAUCACUCUGAGGGCAUACGAUGGGGACGAGGCCCGUGUUCGUUAUGGGUACUUCUUAAUGGACUCGUCUGAGCUCAAAUACGGAAUUCAUUUAUCUGGCUUCAGUGAAGAGAGUGGAGAUGCAGGUAAUUCACUCCGGAUUCAUCGUAACGAAGACUUCUCAACUCUAGAUAAAGACCAUGACAACACCAACCGGCAUAACUGCGCUGAGAAAUUCCACGGAGGCUGGUGGUACAACCGCUGCGGAAGCUACACCAGCAGGGACUUCAAGAGCAACCUGAACGGCUUGUACUACAACAACGCAACAGUCGAUGAUUACAUGGGGAUACAGUGGGUCACCUGGAAGGGUAAAAAUAUCUCUCUAAAAGGGUGUGAAAUGAUGAUACGACGCGGACCGUAACCGGUGAUCGAAAGGAUUCGUUUUGAAAGAUAACAAUGAA